UGCACCCAGAAUCAUUCCAACUCUGCCCCCAGAGCAGAUACUAAGGGGAUCCUCACAAGGAGACUUGGUUAAAGGAAGGGUUGGGGUUGGAGUCCCCUGGACACUUGAAAAAGUAGUGGAGACUCAGUCCGAGUGAUCUGAAAGGGCUAGUGUCCAUUACGGCCUCAGGGGCAGCGAAGAAAAUGGGAAGUGACUGUCCUGGGGGACCUGGGCCUGCACUCUUCCUGCUGCUUGUGCUGUCACCUACAAUCCUGAGCUCGGGGAGCUUCCUGCACCAACUCCCAAGCUGGAAAGACUUCCACGAGGGCAAGCAUCUCCAAAGGAGGAAUGCUGAUCUGGAUACUGCCUGCAGAAGACCCUUCAAUGUGUUUUUCGUCCUGGACGCAUCAACGGCCAUGAGGAACAUCUGGAAGGAAAUUUACAAAUAUGUGGAUGUGAUAAUACAGAAGUACAGAAAUUACUGCUGCAAAAAUCAUCAGUUCUCCUUUAUCACCUACUCCACAGGAGCCCAAACCCUCUUGGAGCUCACUUCAGAUAGAGCUGCAAUACAGGAUGGCCUUAACAAACUUCAUGGUGUCGCUCCUGCAGGAAACAGAGACAUAGACGCAGGAUUUGCAAAGGCAAAUGAGCAAAUUCAAAAAACCAACAACAAUGGCUUGGGCGCAGAGAAUCUGAUUAUCGCUCUGGUCAGUGGACAACUGACGCCUGAAGUUUUUCAAAACGUGAAGGUGGAAGUUGACAAAGCUGAAAAGAUGAAGACCACAGUUUUAGGCAUUGCUGUAAAAGACUAUGAUAAAGGCCAGAUACAGAAUAUUGUGAAAUAUAGGGAUCUAACUUAUUUUGCAAAUGGAGUCAAGGAGAUGGUGGAAUAUAACACUUCGGUUGCGAAGCAUUCCUGUUAUAAGUUGAUGAAUUUGAACACCCAGUAUGUAUGUGUGGGAGGUAAGAUCUAGGGUCACAGUUGUAGACAGAGGAAUGUGGGUGUGUAUGUCUCUUUGUGGGGUGAACGUGUCUAUAUUUUGUAUGUGAGGUGUGUGUAAGUGCUGUUAAAUGGGGGGGUGGUACUGUGAGACUUAAGUGCAUAUAACAUGUGUGUUAGUGUGUGUGGUUGUGAUGCGCACGGUAUCUGAUAUGAGAAGAGAGUGCAGUUGGUGUUUGAAUCGAAAUGUGUUGAUUGUAUGGCAGUGUAGUGGACAUAUAAGUGUGUUCACUGUGUAAACCAGGGCUUGUGGUGUGAGCAUGUGUGUGUAAUUACUUUUCUCGUUUGUUUCCCAUGUAAAAUAUAUGGACUCUGUGUA